GGAAAAUAGAGGGAUGGAUCAUCCUCUCCCAGCGAGCCGAGGUUUCAGAGCUCAGUGGAAAAAAAAAAAUAAAAAAAGAAGGUCCAGUGGAGCCGAGCUGGGAGGGCGAACGCUUUGGAAACCCUCCUUCACUCUUACUUUCCUCUCAUCACUCUGUUUCCUCUCCGUCUGCUGAGCCGCUGAGACGAUAAAGCUGAAGGACAACAGCUCCUGAACAGAGGAAGAUGAAGUCCAGCUUUGUCCCUCUGGUCGCCUACGUGGCUCUGCUCUCGCUGUGGUGGAACGCGUCUCACGCUGCUCCCAUGUUCUACAACAUAUCCAUGGACGGCAGCGGCGACGCAGAGCUGGAGCUCCUUUUCCCAGUCUCCUUCUCCACCCGAGGACCUGUUCAGGUCAGCGCUGCUACAGGAGCUCCUCCUGCGCCCCCCACCCUCACCAACACCAUCACCACCACCAUGAUCCGCCUGAAGGACUUCGUCCUGACCCGAGUGGUGGACUUCCUGCAGGAGCACUUGCUCAUCAUCAUCGUGGUAACCUCUCUUCUCAUCGUCAUGGUCUUUAUCAUCUGCUGCGCCUCUGCCAUGAGCCACAAGCGCAAGCUGGAGGCCUACAAACCGCCUCCCAACCCCACCAAGAAGAACAUGGCUGACAAGAUACCUGGACGCAGGAAUUCAGACGAGCUCCAGGAGAGGCCGUACGCCGUCGACCACGUCAAGAGGGUCCAGAUUCAGAGCAUGCCGUCGCCCAAGAACCUGCGCAUGCCCUCCAAGGCUCUGGUGGGAGAGAGAGGCAGAGAGCCCAGGUCGUCGCCUCGCCAGGAGGUCAGAAAGGUCAGGGCGGCAGAGGAGGUGGAAAAGAGAAGGGAGGAGCCCAAACACAAGGAGCAGCCCAAGUACAGGGAGGAGGUGCAGCAGAGCUCCGGGCCCAGCACCAGCUCCAGUCCACCUGUCUGCACCUGCCACCUGAAGAAGGCCCACCACUAGAGACGGCAGGGGAGGUGAUGAAGGCCAGAUUAGACAGGAUGACUAUGAGAAAGAAAUACUGUUAAUGCAUCGUGAUUCAAAUCUGAAAAAGAAAUAUGUAUCUGUGCGGCUCGAGCUGUUAAAUCCAUCAUGAAAACAGUUAAAUCUAAACGUUCACAUGAAUAUGAACCAUCGCCUGACGUGUUAUCUCAAGUAGAAAUGAUCAGCAGCAGGAGAGAAGAUACGCGACUAGAAAUCAAAGUGCUCAGUUGUGCUGCUGCGUUAAAUAAAAUGAAAAUAUAAGGCCUUCUACUUCGAAUGCUGCAGCCUUUCAAAAUAAAAGCAGCUUGCGUACUGUGAAGACUUCAGUCUGACAGUCUCACGUCUCUUUAAACGCUUAAAUAAAAGCUCUUAGAGGGGAAAGUGAGGAAGAAUAAAGGGUAGCUUGUUUCUUUUCACGCUUUCCCAAAAUAGAAAUGAAAAAAAAAAA